GCUCCCCUCGGAGCCCAUGGUAACACUACUUGCAAGCUGGAAGAAAUGACGGUCGUCUAUGUCGUUUUCAAUGACAGGAGAAAGAAAACCAUAAAUAAACAAGGAACAGAAGCAGAGAAAAGCAACCUUAAAAUCACGCAAUCUCUGUUAAAAUCACCAUCCUCUCUCCUUCUGGAAACCCUGCCCCCGCUCCCUCUCUCUCUAUCUUCUUCAGAGUCUUCUCUUCUGAUCAAAAAAUGAACCCGCACUUGAACCUUGAAGAGAACAUGAAGUUGGCUUCAGUUCUUGAGCCAUCAAAACCUAGUUUCUUUCCUGCAAUGACAAAGAUUGUCGGCACACUUGGUCCAAAAUCUCGGUCUGUCGAGAUAAUAUCUAACUGCUUGAAGGCAGGAAUGUCUGUGGCUCGGUUUGAUUUUUCAUGGGGUGACACUGAUUACCAUCAAGAGACAUUGGAUAAUCUGAAGAUAGCUGUCAAGAGUACCAAGAAACUCUGUGGGGUUAUGCUUGAUACUGUGGGUCCAGAGUUGCAAGUGAUCAAUAAAAAGGAGAACCCGAUUUCCCUUCAGGAAGAUAGCUUUGUUGUCCUAACACCAGAUCUGGACAAAGAAGCUACUUCAUGUCUGCUACCCAUAAAUUUUACUGGGUUGUCAACGGCGGUGAAAAAGGGAGACACCAUUUUUAUUGGUCAAUAUCUCUUUACAGGAAAUGAAACUACUUCUGUGUGGCUAGAGGUCACUGAAGUCAAUGGAGAAGAUGUGGUUUGCUUGGUAAAGAACUCUGCUACCUUGAGUGGACUGCUAUAUACUUUGCAUGUCUCUCAAAUCCAUAUUAAUCUGCCUACUCUCACUGAUAAAGAUAAAGAGGUUAUAAGUUCAUGGGGUGUUCGAAACAACAUAGACAUCCUCUCACUUUCGUACACCAGGCAUGCAGAAGAUGUUCGUCGUGCUCGUGAAUUUCUUUCUAAACUUGGGGACCUCUACCAGACUCAAAUUUUUGCAAAAAUUGAAAAUGUAGAGGGAUUAACUCAUUUUGAUGAGAUCCUACAAGAAGCAGAUGGUGUCAUCCUUUCCCGUGGAAAUUUGGGGAUAGAUCUCCCACCUGAGAAGGUGUUUCUGUUUCAAAAAACUGCUGUUUUUAAGUGCAAUAUGGCUGGAAAACCUGCUGUGGUCACUCGUGUUGUGGACAGUAUGACAGAGAAUUUGAGACCUACUCGUGCAGAAGCAACUGAUGUUGCCAAUGCAAUAUUGGAUGGGAGUGAUGCAAUUCUUCUAGGUGCAGAGACCUUGCGAGGACUGUAUCCAGUGGAGACCAUCUCUACUGUUGGGAGAAUUUGUGCUGAGGCAGAGAAGGUUUUCAAUUAUGAUUUGUAUUACAAAAGAGCUGUCAAACAAGCAGGAGAUGCAAUGAGCCAUCUGGAAUCUAUUACUUCCACUGCGGUCCGUGCAGCUAUCAAGGUUAAAGCUUCUGUAAUUUUAUGCUUCACUUCCACUGGAAGAGCUGCAAGGUUUAUUGCAAAGUACAAGCCCAUAAUACCUGUGAUAUCUGUUGUUAUCCCUCGGCUGAAGACAAAUCAACUGCGUUGGACCUUUACUGGUGCUUUUGAGGCAAGGCAAUCACUCAUUGUGAGAGGAAUUUUUCCCAUGCUUGCUGAUGCUCGACACCAAGCUGAGUCUACAAAUUCAACAAAUGAAUCGGUUCUGAAGGUUGCUUUGGAUCAUGGCAAGGCACAUGGUUUUAUAAAGCCUCAUGACCGAGUUGUUGUUUGCCAAAAGCUUGGCGAUGCAUACGUGGUGAAGAUCCUUGAGCUUGAAGAUUAAGGUUAUUGCGCAUCUCAUUUCGCUUGAAACCCGUGUUUGGCAGCUUCCGCCUUUAUCGUAUAAAAUAAAAGAACUCGACAUUUGUAAGAGUACGUAGUAUAUACAAGAGGUGGGGUUAGGUUCUUUCUGCUGUGGGCUGGCUAAGAUCAUGGACUGGCCAGCCUGUCGGAAAAGAUAAACAAAAAAUUCAUGACAUUGGUGGUCGAGUAAUUGUACCCUAGGAAGGGUUAUCCUUAUUUUCAUGGUCGGGUAAGGCGUUGUUGUGGUGCUUCGAUGCCUUCAAUAAAUUGAGUUGAUUCCCAA